GCCGGUGCGGCUGUGAGGGGCCGCGUCUGGCCGCCGCCGCCCGGCCGGGCAUGGUGUUGGGCGCCGGGCCGCCUCGCCUGUCUCGGGGUGCCCAGGGUAAAGGUGGCCGUAAUGCUAACGCUGGCAAGCAAGCUGAAGCGGGAUGAUGGUCUCAAAGGGUCCCGGACGUCAGCCACCACAUCUGACUCCACUCGGAGGGUCUCUGUGAGAGACAAGUUGCUUGUCAAAGAGGUUGCGGAACUUGAAGCUAAUUUACCUUAUGAGGGUUACUACCAGGGUGGAAAAUUUCAGUUUGAAACUGAAGUUCCUGAUACAUACAACAUGGUGCCUCCCAAAGUGAAAUGCUUGACGAGAAUAAGGCACCCCAACAUCACAGAGACAGGGGAAAUAUGCCUAAGUUUACUGAGAGAACAUUCGAUUGAUGGCACUGGCUGGGCUCCUACAAGAACCUUAAAGGAUGUUGUUUGGGGAUUAAAUUCUUUAUUUACUGACCUUUUGAAUUUUGAUGAUCCACUGAAUAUUGAAGCUGCAGAACAUCAUUUGCGGGACAAGGAGGACUUUCGAAAUAAAGUGGACGACUACAUCAAGCGUUAUGCCAGAUGAUAAGAGGAGAAGAUUGCAGGCCCAUGAACUGUGUGUCACAGUUUGUCUCUAAUGUGAAGCAGCACGAGGUAGCCCUCUUCCCUGUCCUCAUGCUCCCUCAGUCCCACGGGAUUGUCCCAGUCCUGUGACCUUGUCCUGAAGAAGACCAUCCUCCUGACCGCCCACCGUAGGCGGGGAAUGCAGCAUAAAUACAGCAGGAAA